UUGGGUUCGUGCAGUCUAUUCCUCCAGCUCCUAUGAGACCAGCCAAGGCUCUUCGACCGGCACACGGAACCUACUCCGUGACCUUUCCUUCUUCUGCUGCUGCAUUUGUGGAGGCGUGGAGUAGGUUCCCCUACAGUGGCCGCCUUGUUGAGCAGGGACUUCGACGGGCUACUGUUCCUUUAGAGACUGAACCUAAUUACGUUGAAUGGUUCAGAGUUUGCUCGCACCCGUACAUAUCCCGAGACGAAUUGCUGGCUUCCGGUCCUGGUCCUGGUCAGAGCAGAUCUGAUUACUUCGCGAAAGAAUGGGCCAGUCGAUUCUCUCCAGUGGCAAGACUACCUACGCGGCUUGCGGAUUUGAACUCCCGUCAACGACAUGCGUUAGAAAUAUACCUUAAUGAUUGUAGAGAAUUAUAUGAUCAAUGGCAAACUGAUCAAGGGCAAGGCCCUGAAUAGUCUGUACUGAAACUAUUUUACAUUAUUUAUUGCAUUUAAUUUCGUCAAUGAUUGCAUUUAAUUUACAUAAAUAUACACACUAACCCACAUCACACAAAUACAUGUAUAUUUGUCU